CGCAGCCACACCACACCACGCUCAUGCGAGUCUGCGAUGGCAGAUCCAUCAACCAAGCCAACGGAAAGGGCACCUAAGGUCACCGCACAUAUAGGCCAGCUGAAGUUCCGUGGCGCUGGAGCAGCUAUCCGCUCCCUCCGCAAUCUGCAUGCACCGAAGAAGCAGACCACCAGAACAUCGUCCAAGCCGUUCGUCACGCCGUAUGUCGGCCUGGACACGAAGAUUGUUCAGCUGUGCGAGUCGAACGUGCCGUUGCGCCGCCGACUGGCCCACUUGUCCAUGGUCCACGCUGACGAGGUUGACGGUGAUCCUGAGGACGAUCUGGAGCUGAUUGGGGGCGACGGCCUCAAGGACCCACACGAAGACGAACUGUUGGCCCUGUUGCGCAAGCAAGAUGGCGCCGCAUCUUCCUGUGUCAGCCACCCAAGCAUCCAACGAUCCAAAAGCGCGCUUGUCUUGCCGCGUGCCGUCGACCACGAUGUCGCAGAUGCGAUUCAGCACGACUUGGUCACGUCAGUGCCGUCUGUACAAUGGACCGCGGCAUUUGAGAUUCCAUAUCUGCACUUCAAGCGCAAGCGGCGGGGGUCGACGUUGAGUUCUGCGCAGAUGUUUCGGUCGUUCCUGUUGACGCCGGCAUUUCGGCAGAUGCACGCGGCUGCGUACGGCACGAUCCGAUUGGACGAUGAUACGACCGGAGAGUUUGCCACGUCACAUGACGACGUGGACACGACACAAAAGCGUGGCCUCCAGAAGCGGUUUCAAAAGCUCGCCAAACCCAUCCGCGAGUCGUUGGAGCUGUCACUGUCGUCGCACAUGCUGACCACGUUGGAGCACAUGACGGCCAUGUACACGGCCGCCCGCCGCGACUUCUUGGCCGGCAUGUCCGUCUAUUCCAAGCAUGAGCGACACCAAAACCACUUGGCCAAACACCAAGCGGCCGCAUUGAUGGACAAGCGCGACAAGCUGCGGCAAGACGUCGAGCGCACCACGCAGCACUUGGCCGCCCUCGCUCGAUUGACAAGUCCGAAGUCAUCCAGUCAGACGUUCCACGUCACGACGCCACGGGUACCCGACUUUCUCAAACCCAUGACGAAGCGACCGACGAAGGAAGAGCAGCAUUCGCCUGCGUGGAAGCACAUCAAGGACAGCGAGCUGUGCAACACCACGCGGAGCUUGCGCGCGUCGGUCGCGUAUGCAAAGGCCAUCCACACCGACGGGAUUGGUGGCGGCAUCACCACUGCCGCGAUCCUUGCAAGACAGCACGAAGCCAUGGCGGGCUACAUAUUGUACAUCCAGCGUCUGUACCGAGGGCAUUUGGCCAGGCGCUUUGUGUGGGCGCUCAAGUGGAUGUGUGUCAUGUGGCGGCACAUUUUCCUACCGGACGACGGCCCCGACGGUCAUCCGGUUGGUGGUGCGGCCUUGGACCGUGGAUUCCUCCGGCUAGACGACUUUGAAGCCAUGCUCGAGUACUUUAGCUACCAACCGAACCCCGAACGCACAUACUUGGCAGGGUUUGCCCUGACAGUACCACCGUCCCGCCUUGGUCCACAGUUUGUCGAAUACAAACGAUUCAAGCGGUACUGGCAUCGGUUUAUGUAUCGACCGAUGGGUGCCGGGGACCGAAUCCGGUUUGUGCUGUUUGUGCGCAAUCGACAGACGGUCGUGGCGGCGAUGGACGGCAAGUCGCGGAUGGACAAUGCUCAGUCGUACGGAGGCGGCGGUGGUAGCAUGGAGGCACUGGCGCAGUGGAAAAAGUAUUCGUUGCUGCAACAGCAGCAACACCCUCAGCAACGCAAAGGAACUAGUGGGGACGACAUCGUAGACAAGUACCAGAGCCAUUUGAGCUCGUUAAACGACGAAACCAAGGCCAUGGGGUUGCGCGCCAGGCGGCAGCUCUUGCCAAAACACGAGCAGCACGCGCGGGGAUGGAACCUCGUCCGCCAUGUCGUCGAAGCCAACACGAUGCGCCAAUCUAAGUACGAAACUGUCCAGCAUUUGGUGUCGCACCUGCAGGACGUGGACGUGCUGGACGGCCGCCGACGCAUCAGCACGCUUCGAGAAGACAUACAAGCUAGCCAGGGGAAUGAAGAAGGAGGGUCGAUGAUGAAAUCACCGACCAAACUGCAACAAAUCCUCCAAAGACUCAUUGUUGCCGUGAAGGACGCGCGGGACUUGGUCACGUAUAUGGAAGACGUCGGACUCGAACCACACACAUCCGAACUACAAAGGAGACUCGAGGACCACGAUACGAUGCCGCCGCCAGCAUGCCUGGCCCGGCUGGAUAAGAUCAAACACGUUAGGGGAUACACCAAGCUCGUGGACCUCCUUGACCGCCAGCACAGCUUGAACCAACUGUUCCAAGACUCGUGGUACGCGUUUAGCAGUCGGAAGACAAUCAUGGGCGCCGAAGGCCGCAAAGUUGUGACGUCCACGCGGAACUACGUGCUCGAGUCCAUGCAACUGCUCAGCUUGGUGUGGCGGCAACUCCGCACGGCGGCGACGUCGUCCGUGACCAAAACGGGAAGCAUGCGCAACCUCCACAUUAUGAAGCGGACGGAGCAGUUCCAUGGCCUGCUCAUGGCAUACGACAUCAACAUCCGCAACAUGAGCGUCGUGCUCGAAGGCUACGACGAUGACGCCGCCACGUUUGGGCCGUUGUCAUAGUUUUUUAUUCGAUUGUAGAACAAACGACCGAGUUAUCCGGAUAAUUUAGCCAUUGGUAUCUGGA